AUGAAUGACAAUUUCCCAGUCCUGAAGAACGAUGUGAUGGUUCGGGCGGCGAGGGGUGAGGCUGUGGGUCGAGUGCCUGUUUGGGUGAUGAGACAGGCGGGCAGGUAUUUGCCAGAGUUUCAAGAGUUUAGGAAAAAGCAUGACUUCUUCGAGAUCUGUCGGACGCCUGAAUUGGCGGCUGAAGUGACUCUAAUGCCAAUCAGACGCUACGAUUUGGACGCCGCCAUCAUUUUCUCGGAUAUUCUGGUCAUUCCUCAGGCGUUGGGAAUGGAGGUGCAAAUGGUUGGAGGCGUUGGACCCGUUUUGCCCAAUCCUCUCGUUAAACCGGAAGACGUGAAGACUUUACUCAAACUCGAUGUCGAUGUGGAGAAAGAGUUGCAUUAUGUGAUGGAAGCGAUUACUUUGACUCGACAUAAACUCGACGGCAAAGUACCACUGAUUGGCUUCUCGGGCGCGCCGUUCACUCUUAUGGGUUAUAUGAUAGAAGGCGGCGGUUCGAAGACAUUGUCCAAAACCAAGAAAUGGUUGUAUCAGAACCCAGAAGAGAGUCUCCAACUAUUGGAUCAGUUGAGUGAUGUGAUCAUUCAAUAUUUGGUGGCUCAGGUCAAGGCUGGCGCUCAACUCCUGCAGGUGUUUGAGUCAAACGCCGGCUUUUUGGGUCCAAAACAGUUCAACAAGUUUUCGCUUCCAUUCCUCAAAAAGAUUAGUGAAAAAGUGAAACAAUCGUUAACUGAUCUCAACGUCCCAACGGUUCCAAUGAUUGUGUUCGCAAAAGACGCUCAUUUCGGCAUUGAAUCGCUCAGUCAUUCUCAAUACGAUGUGAUUAGCAUUGAUUGGGCGAUAGAGCCAUCGGAAGCGCGUUCAUUGGCCGGACCGAAGGUUACACUUCAGGGAAAUCUAGAUCCCUGUGCUCUCUAUAGUGAUGUCCAACAAAUCGAUCUAAUGGUCAAAGAAAUGGUCGAAAGUUUCGGAACCAAUCGAUAUAUCGCUAAUUUGGGUCACGGAAUAUAUCCCGACGUAAAUCCACAACAUUUAGCCGUUUUUAUCGAUUCUGUUCACAAAUACUCGCAAAACACUGACAUUUAA